AUGUCUGUUAUUCUUUGUACCGCUGGGUACGAUCACACAAUUAGGUUCUGGGAGGCGUUAUCAGGAAUCUGCUCGCGAACAAUUCAACAUCCGGACUCGCAGGUAAAUCGACUAUGCAUCUCGCCGGACAAGCGGUUCCUGGCAGCGGCCGGUCACCAUACGGUUAAGCUCUACGAUAUCAAGUCGACGAAUCCGAACCCCUUACUUACCUUCGAAGGCCACACGGGAAACGUGACGGGAGUCGCGUUCCACUGCGAGGGGAAAUGGAUGGUGACGAGUUCUGAAGAUGGCAGCGUCAAGAUAUGGGAGACGCGCUCCGGCACUAUCCAGCGUAGCUAUAACCAUGGUUCUGCAGUAAACGAUGUCGUUAUACACCCUAAUCAGGGCGAGAUCAUAAGCUGCGAUCGGAGCGGAAGCGUCAGGGUCUGGGAUCUUGCUGAGAAUAACUGCUCUCAUCAGCUCAUUCCCGAGGAAGAUGUCUCCGUCUCUAGUGUUACUGUCGCGAGUGACGGUUCUCUCCUCUGCGCUGCUAACAAUGCUGGCAAUGUCUUCGUCUGGCAACUAAUCCAAACCUACGAACGUACAAAUCUCCUCCCCGUAACGCACUUCUCCGCGCACAAAGAGUACAUCACGCGAAUCCUGCUCUCCCCCGAUGUCAAGAAGCUCGCGACCUGCUCGGCGGACCACACGGCCAAGAUCUGGGAAGUCACCAACGUGACAGGAACCCCAUCCGACGAGUCCUCUUCGUCAUCCCUAUCUAACGCCCCCGCUAACGGCAUCAACGGCCACGACAAGCCUAAAGCCGGCGGAGACGUCGCGAGCGGAGAGCCUAGACCUUAUCCCCUAGAGGCGACGCUGACAGGCCACCAGCGCUGGGUCUGGGACUGCGCGUUCAGCGCUGAUUCGGCAUACCUAGUUACGGCGUGCUCGGACCACUAUGCGCGGCUGUGGGAGCUGCAUAGUCAACAGGUUAUUCGCCAGUACAACGGCCACCACCGCGGCGCGGUCUGCGUUGCUCUUAACGAUUACUCCGAGGCGCGGUGA